AUACGCACCGUUGUCAUGUCCCAGCCGGGGAUACCGAUCUCCGGCGGCGCCCCAGCCGGCCUCCAGGCCCAGAACGGGGCCGCCUCGGCCUCGGGGUCUCUCUACACCAACGGUCCUGUCCAAAAUACACUGAUGUCUUCACAAGUAUCAGUGAGCCAAGGAUAUAAUUCUCAGCUUCCAGGAUCCUACCCUCAUCUAAUACCAGCAAAGACUCUGAAUCCCGUCUCUGGACAGUCUAACUAUGGUGGUUCUCAGACUGUUUCUCCCUUAAGUAAUUAUCAGGGACCUGGGCAGACUCUUUAUAGACCACUUGUGGCUUCUAAUCCAGUGACAACUUCACUCCACAGUGGUUCUGUUCCCCGAAUGCCACUACCUACUUCUCAGAACGCAGCUGCUACAUCAAUGCCUUCUGGUAGCUUUCUUCCUGGAGCCAGUGUACAACCACCUUCAAAUUGGCAAUAUAACUAUCCAUCCACAGGAAACCAGACAGACCAUUGUCCUCGUUCAUCAUCCCAAUCUCUGUCUGGGAAUACAAAUUUGACAACUCAUCAAUAUGUUUCUUCUGGGGAUCCUUCACUUCAAAACAGCUUCAUAAAAUCAGGUUCUGCACCCCCCUUAUUGAAUCCACCUCUGCCUACCACUUUUCAACCAGGAGCUCCUCUUGGGCCCCCUCCAACUGGAGGACCACCUCCAUUGAGGGUGCUCACUCCUCAGAAAUCAUCACAUAGAGGUGUACCCCAGCCCUCAUUUAAUUCAGCUGUCAACCAAGAAGGUAUUACACCAAAUACCAAUAAUGGAUCUAUGGUGGUUCACAAUAGUUAUGAUGAAAUUGAAGGCGGUGGCUUUUCAGCAACACCACAGCAUACUAAUAAGAAUCCCACAAUGAACCGAAGUGUUGGGUAUUCAUAUCCCUCCUUACCACCUGGUUAUCAGAACACAGCACCACCUAGUACAACUGCAAUGCCACCUUCUUCCUUAAAUUACCCAAGUGGGCCACAGGGCUUUAAUCAGACUCCCUUAGGUGCUAAUCAUUUAACUACAAGCAUGAGUGGAUUAAGUCUCCAUCCAGAAGGGCUAAGAGUUAUCAAUCUUCUUCAAGAAAGAAACAUGCUUCCAUCAACACCUUUGCAGCCUCCUGUUCCAAAUUUGCAUGAAGAUAUCCAGAAACUCAAUUGUAACCCAGAGUUAUUUCGAUGCACACUGACUAGCAUUCCUCAGACUCAGGCCUUAUUGAAUAAAGCCAAACUUCCUUUGGGACUGCUGCUUCAUCCUUUCAAAGACCUAGUGCAAUUGCCUGUGGUUACCUCCAGUACAAUUGUGAGAUGCCGCUCAUGCAGGACGUACAUCAACCCUUUUGUCAGCUUUCUUGAUCAAAGGAGAUGGAAGUGUAACUUAUGUUACCGAGUCAAUGAUGUUCCUGAAGAAUUCAUGUACAACCCUUUGACCAGAGUCUAUGGAGAACCUCACAGAAGACCUGAAGUUCAGAAUGCUACUAUUGAGUUUAUGGCUCCUUCAGAAUACAUGUUACGACCACCUCAACCUCCAGUGUAUCUCUUUGUGUUUGAUGUAUCUCACAAUGCCGUUGAAACUGGAUACUUGAAUACAGUUUGCCAGAGUUUGUUAGACAAUCUGGAUUUGCUUCCUGGCAAUACUAGGACAAAAAUUGGCUUCAUUACGUUUGAUAGUACAAUCCACUUCUACAGUCUUCAAGAAGGUCUCUCUCAACCUCAGAUGCUAAUAGUUUCAGAUAUUGAAGAUGUUUUUAUACCUAUGCCAGAGAACUUAUUAGUAAAUUUAAAUGAAAGUAAAGAGCUUGUUCAAGAUUUACUGAAAACUUUGCCACAAAUGUUCACCAAGACCCUGGAAACGCAGAGUGCCUUGGGUCCUGCACUUCAGGCUGCCUUUAAGCUGAUGUCCCCAACUGGUGGUCGAAUGUCUGUCUUUCAAACACAACUUCCUACUCUUGGAGUGGGAGCCCUGAGACCGCGAGAGGAGCCCAACCAAAGGUCUUCUGCUAAGGAAAUUCACUUGACACCAUCCACUGACUUCUAUAAGAAAUUAGCCUUGGAUUGUUCUGGUCAGCAGGUAGCCGUUGACUUAUUUCUUCUUAGUGGACAGUAUUCUGAUUUGGCUUCUCUGGGUUGUAUUUCUCGGUAUUCAGCAGGUAGUGUCUAUUACUAUCCCUCUUACCACCAUCAGCAGAACCCAGUGCAAGUAGAGAAAUUACAGAAGGAACUACAGAGAUACCUCACUCGAAAGAUUGGCUUUGAGGCAGUCAUGAGGAUUCGGUGCACGAAAGGUCUUUCCAUUCAUACCUUCCAUGGGAACUUCUUUGUUCGGUCAACAGACUUACUGUCUUUGCCUAAUGUAAACCCAGAUGCUGGGUAUGCAGUACAGAUGUCAGUGGAAGAGAGUCUUACUGACACUCAGUUGGUUUCCUUUCAGUCUGCACUCUUGUAUACAUCCAGCAAAGGUGAAAGAAGAAUUCGUGUUCAUACUUUGUGUUUGCCUGUAGUUUCAACUCUGAAUGAAGUCUUUCUUGGAGCUGAUGUUCAAGCAAUUGCAGGGUUAUUGGCCAAUAUGGCUGUUGACAGGUCUGUGACUGCCAGUCUGAGUGAUGCUCGGGAUGCCCUAGUGAAUGCCGUCAUAGACUCUCUUUCAGCUUAUCGUUCUUCAGUCCUAAGUAACCAGCAGCCUGGACUCAUGGUUCCUUUUUCUUUGCGGCUUUUCCCACUCUUUGUGUUGGCUCUCCUUAAACAGAAAUCGUUUCAGACUGGGACAAACGCACGUCUAGAUGAACGCAUUUUUGCCAUGUGUCAAGUGAAAAAUCAGCCAUUGGUCUACCUUAUGCUCACAACUCAUCCCAGUUUGUAUAGAGUUGACAAUCUUUCAGAUGAGGGAGCACUCAACAUCAAUGAUCGCACCAUACCUCAGCCGCCUAUUCUUCAGCUUUCUGUGGAGAAGCUCAGCAGGGAUGGAGCUUUCCUCAUGGAUGCAGGCUCUGUAUUGAUGCUUUGGGUUGGAAAAAAUUGUGGACAAAAUUUUCUCAGCCGAGUUCUAGGAGUUCAAAACUAUGCAUUAAUUCCACAAACUAUGACAGACCUUCCGGAGCUUGAUACACCAGAAUCUGCCAGAAUAAUAGCAUUCAUCUCUUGGCUUAGAGAGCAGAGACCAUUUUUCCCCAUACUUUAUGUGAUAAGGGAUGAGAGUCCAAUGAAAGCAAACUUCCUUCAAAACAUGGUAGAAGACAGAACAGAAUCUGCAUUAUCAUAUUAUGAAUUCCUCUUGCAUAUACAACAACAAGUAAAUAAAUGA